CAAAAUGGCUGACAGCUGCUAUAGGGAUGAGGUUUGGAAUAGGAGUCGGCAGCAGAUAUCUUGUUGACGUUUGUUUAUUUCACAAAUGGAAAUGAUGUAUUUCUUGCAAACAACAUGGCCACACCGCGUAAGAAGAUACCAUGUGAGAUCAGCAUUGACGACCCUAUAAGCUCCGAUACCGAAAGCGAAUUGGAACUUGGCGAGGAUGAGGAUGAACUAGAACUCAAUUUUAGUGGAACUCUGACGUUCAAUAGUCCGUCCGGCGAGGAGUUAGCAAAAACGCCACAAGUGACAGCGAUAGACACUGGAUACGUCAGACCAUGUGAUCUAAACACGCAAAGCAACAACACAGGAAGGUACCGUCACAGUGGCAAAAUACAUACUGAGAGAACAAAUUUUGAAAUCAUAUCGGCGAAAACGGUAGGAGAUGGACACUCUAAAUAUGUGGCAUAUACAGUAGCUGUUGUGAGAUCUAUUGGUGCCGACUCAUCACAAGCAUUGAUUGAGAGACGCUAUUCAGAAUUCUACACACUCAAUCAAUCCCUCAGAAAAAAGUUCCCAGAACUGAUGCAAAAUAUUGCUUUCCCUCGAAAAACAAUCACUGGAAAUUUCAAACUUCAGACAAUUGCCGAGCGCAGUAGAGCAUUCGAACAGUAUCUGUCUCAUAUAUUUACCUUCGAAGAUGUUCGGACUUCGCCGGAGUUUGAAGACUUUUUCUACAACCGAGACCUCCAGGUGGCUUAUAAGUACCUCUGUGUUGGGGAAUAUCAAGAAGCGAUACCUGUAUUACAGAAUGCAUUGCAUCUGGAGGAAAAGUUGUUAGGAGAAACCCAUCCAAAUGUCAUCGAGACACUCAGUGCACUUGUGGUUGCCUACUGCCAUAUUGAUAGCGAUGCACAUGCGCACAGUUAUGCCAAAGCAGCUCUUGACUCAAUAAUUGACGAUAGCGAUGAUGACGUAGAAAGUAAUGUCUUUCUAGUACCUCUACUACGAACAGCAAUAGGAAUAUGCUGGAGAAUUGGUAAAGAUAAAAGACACCUUGAAAUGAGACUCUCUAGGAACGUUAAGGACGUGUUUGAUGCAGAAAGCCGACCCGCUUUAAAAGAGCUCGUCCUAAGGAGGUUUAUGUCGCAUACUCCACCGCCAACUUGA